AUGGGAAAGCAGCGUCGACCCAACCCCGACAAGCGGAAGGAGCACCAGAAGAACCGACCUGGCGCUGCAGCCAGGCUCGUGCAUGACGUCACUGGAGCUACGACCCAGGAGCAGAUCCACGACAUGGUCUUGCAGUUGAACAAUCUGCAUGACAAUGAGAUGCUUCACAUGGCGUUCCAGAAGGUGGAGUUCAACCGGGCGUUGGUGGCGUGGUUGAAACAGGCUGGCCGCAUUCGGUCGUCUGUGGUGACUUGCCUUUUUCGCUUGGCACCUCUGGUUCCGGUCUCGCACCGGAAGAUGUUCAUUCCGGUGCUGGAGGCCUGCCUAGAGCAGGAGACGCCUGAAAUCAGGCGGACCACCCUGGGGACACUGAACACGUGGGCACCGGGUGUCUAUCCCAGGGAUGGUCACAGUGUGCUGCUGGCCUCUGCCGCUUUGUCUUCUGCUGCGGCUCCGGUCUCCAAGCCGGUGGUGGCCAAAGCGGCUGCGGUGGCUGCUCCAGUGGCGGCCAAAGCAGCUAAAGCGGCUGCUAAAGUGGUGGCCAAAGCGGCUAAAGCGGCUGCUCCAGUGGUGGCCGUUGCGGUCUCCAAGGCCUCAGCUGCUGGAGCAAAGGCGGCGCCGAGGAAGUCCCACACAAAGAAAGGACACGGGAACAUCCUCCUCGUCCUCAUCCAGCAGCAGCAGCGACAGCAGUGCUGA